CUGGAUGACGCCGAGGUGGAUGCUCUGAUCAGGGAAACGAUCGUGUUGACGCUGGGGAGUGACAGCCAAUUUGAUCACAACAACAUGAAUCAGUGGACAAACGAAAUUAUUGAAGGGUGCUUGAAGAGGUUAGCGGGCCUUGGCAAGCCUUUUAAAUAUGUGGUACCUGGUGACCUUUUGCAGGUUGGAGCUGGGCUUCAUUCUGCCUGCACAGCACGUUGGAACGACAAAACAGAUGGGAAGCUGACAGUGCAGUGGGAAAAUAGGACAGUCUUGGUGCUUGCCACAGCAUACUGGCUGGCAGUG